GCUACAUCAAUUUCACCAGUAAGUUAGCUUGUCUUUGUUGUUUAUGCUUCUGAUUUCACUGUAACAUAUAUUUCGAGCAAAGUUAUUAUUUUAGUUACUCGAGUUAUGACGAAUGUUCACAAGAUGAUUUCAGAGUACGUUUGUUAAUCAAUUAACAGACGAUCGUUUGAGUCAUCAGACUUAACUUUUACAUCUGAGUUGUUUCAACGUAUACUGACUUAACUGUUUUCAAAAUUCCUCUCAUUUUUCAGUAGUACACAUUUAUUUGUCAUCUCAUGGCAUGUGUCGUCGUGCACGCUGGUGCUGGAUAUCACUCUAAAUCGAAAGAAAAGAAAUAUAAUAAAUUGUGUUCCGAAGCUUGUUCAUUGGCCGGAAAACUUUUGUCAGUUGAUCACAAAAGUGCCAUCGACGCUGUGGAAGCGGCUGUAGCGUAUUUAGAAGACUGUCCACUAACUAAUGCAGGGAUCGGUAGUAAUCUGAGCAUUAAUGGCUAUGUGGAAUGUGAUGCGGGAAUAAUGAGUGGCUCUACCAUUCAGUUUGCCGGGAUCGGAGCUGUUCGUAAUAUAAAGAAUCCUGUAAAGGUUGCAAGGCUUCUGUUACAGUCACAAAUUGAUCACCCUCUGGGUGAGUUAGGACGCGUUCCUCCAUCCGUGCUUGUUGGUGAUGGUGCUCAUCUGUGGGCUGCUUCAAAAGGAUAUCCUGUUGAUAAAAGUGAUCUCGUCACAAAACAUUCACGGGUUUCAUGGGAAAAGUACAGAAGUUGGUUAUUUAAUGGGAACGAAAUAGAUGCAACUACAAAAGAUUCUCAUUUUAAUCAUCAUGAAAAUGUUCCUGAGUUGAAAAAGUCUUGUGUUCAUAGAUUUGAUACUGUUGGUGCUGUCUGUAUUGAUAUAGAAGGGAAGAUUGCUGCAGCAUCUUCUAGUGGUGGUAUUGCAAUGAAGUAUGAAGGUCGUCUAGGUCAAGCGUGUACAUAUGGUUGUGGUUGUUGGGCAGAAGAACUCAGUUCAUUUUCUAGUAUUGGGGUUGUCACUUCAGGUACUGGUGAACAACUUAUAAAGACCCAACUUGCUCAGCGCUCUGCAGAACGUUUUAAUGGUGACACCAUUUCCGUUUCUGAAGCAGUUCACUCAUCUCUCACUGAUGGCUUUUUAAAUUCUAAGUAUCUUUCCUGUGAUAUGGAAAAAUUUGCCGGAAUUGCUGGAGUUUACACUAAUUUCGAACGAAUUGACUUUCCUAAUGUGGAGGUGUUUUUCGGACACUCAACACGAUCGAUGAGUGUUGGUCACUAUCUGCCGAGUGUUAUGAAAAAACCAUCUGUCCAUGUAUCACGGAAACAAAUUGAUAGACCUACGUAUAUAGAAGUCUACGCAUAUACCAUAUAGUUAAUCUGGAAAUGAAAGGUGAAUACUUUUGUAUCUGAUCUUGACCACUUGACAUGGCUUUGUUAGAUGUACUUGGUAUCACGAAAGUGUAUAACUCUACUGAGCAAGGAGAUCAUCGCAGUCAUCUCAUCUUGCUAUGAAUGCUGGCGAUAAACUUGAAAACUACUCAAACUUGUGGUAAAGUUGGUCUGGAACGAUGAUUUUUUUCCUUCUAUAUGACACUCGUUUUAGAAUAUUUGACAAAACCAUCAGCGUUAUUGAAUAAAUUAUUUUCCAAACUGA